CCUUACUUUUUAGAUGAACAAACUAAUGUCUAGGGCUAUUCAAGGUCUUUCAAGCAACUUGCCAGGGUGAUGAUGACCUAGGGCCGAGUCACUCUAGAAUCUUUACACAUUUUACUGUGCUAGGGGAAUCUUACAAGCAUACACUAGAUGUGUGUCGAGAAUACCUUCUGCAUAGGCUUGAAACAAAACUGAGAACCAGAAAGUAAAUCCAAAUAGUCCUGCUAACUGAGAUCAGGGACUUGCCUUAUAGCAAUUGUCCAGCCUCCAGACAGCUUGGCUUCAUUCAUACAAAAUUCCAAUGUGUUUAUUCUUAAACCAGCAAGAUGAUAGAGGGACUUGUCAUUAUCUGGAAUUUGUUUUGCCCUCUGGGACACUAAUCCUCCAGCUCUGAUGCUUCAAGGACUAAUAGCCCUCUCCAUCCCUGGCUAGGACCUGCUGCAUUGCCCGUUGAGGUUGUCGUGAAAUCAGGAGGCACAGGGGAGGGGGGCAGCAAGGCUAACAUCAGUCAGAUUAAUCAAAAUGAUGCCAAGUCUCAGCGGGGCAGUGACCUGUCCUCCCUCCCCAAGUGGCAGCCUUGGAGCUCAGGUCUGUGGAACUGCAGAUCCCCAGGAACAACAAGAACCACCACACUCAGGAGAUGGGCUUGACGAAGCUCAUCCUGCGCCGUGGCCAGAACUUCAGCUUAACCUUGACCUUCAAUCAACCCUUCCAGCCCCAGAAGGACCAGCUCACCUUUGUGGCUGAGACAGGACCAGAGCCCACAGAGCUUCUGGGGACCCGAGCCACUUUCUUGCUCCUUCAGACCCGGCCUGGGAAUGUCUGGAGUGCUUCUGACUUCAUUAUUGACAGCAACUCUCUCCAAGUUUCGAUUUUCACACCAGCCAGCGCAGUCAUUGGCCAUUACACACUGAAGACAGAGAUUUCUCGGGACCAGGGUCCUGGUGUGACUUACCCACUGGGCAAUUUCAUCUUGCUUUUUAACCCAUGGAGUACAGAGGAUGAUGUCUACCUGCCUAGUGAAACACUGCUGCAGGAGUAUAUCAUGAGCGAUUACGGCUUUGUUUACAAGGGUCAAGAAAAUUCCAUUACCUCCAGGCCUUGGAACUAUGGGCAGUUCGAAGAGGACAUCGUUGAUAUCUGCUUUGAGAUCCUGAACAAGAGCCUCUAUUUUCUAAGGAACCCGUCCAGAGACCAUUCUCAGAGGAGCGACGUGGUGUACGUAUGCAGGGUGGUGAGUGCCAUGAUCAACAGCAAUGACGACAGUGGUGUGCUUCAGGGGAACUGGGGAGAGGACUACUCCCAGGGCAUCAGCCCUCUGGAAUGGAACGGCAGUGUGGCCAUCUUGCGGCAGUGGUCGGCCAGGGGUGGGCAGCCUGUGAAAUAUGGACAGUGCUGGGUCUUUGCCUCUGUUAUGUGCACAGUAAUGAGAUGCUUAGGCGUUCCAACAAGAGUCGUUUCCAAUUUCCAUUCUGCACACAACACAGAUGGGAACUUGACCAUUGACACCUACUAUGACCGAACUGCAGAAAUGCUGCCAACUCAGAAGCCAGACAAAAUCUGGAACUUCCAUGUCUGGAAUGAGUGCUGGAUGAUCCGGAAAGACCUUCCACCAGGGUACAAUGGCUGGCAAGUUCUGGACCCCACCCCCCAGCAAACCAGCAGUGGGUUGUUCUGCUGUGGUCCAGCCUCUGUGAAAGCCAUCAAGGAAGGGGAUGUCCACUUGCCCUACGACACCCCUUUUGUGUUUGCGGAGGUGAAUGCUGACGAGGUCAUUUGGCUUUUUGAGGGUGGCCAGGUCCAAGAAAUCCUGGCCCAUAAUACCAAUUACAUUGGGAAGGCAAUCAGUACCAAGAUGGUAGGGUCAGAUCAGCGCCUGGACAUCACCAGUUCCUACAAGUACCCAGAAGGAUCCUCUGAGGAGCGGUCUGUAUUCAUUAAGGCUUCCCGGAAAUUGCUGGAACCAAGAAGGGACUCUUCAUCCCUCCUGGAUCUCCUAGGGUCUGAGGGCUUUAAGGAUAAGCCUGUGCAGCUGCAACUCCGCCUGGCUAGGGAACCCAUGUGGGGCCAGGACCUGAUGCUCACACUACAUGUCCAGAGGGUUCCAGACAGAGCCCAUAGUCAGGACCCCAUUGGACUGACGGUACGCUUUUGUGCACAGGCCCUGCUGCAUGGGGGCAGCACUCGGAAACCCUUCUGGAGACAUGCGGUACACUUGAAUAUGGACAUUGAGAAGGAGUUACAGUGGCCACUCCUGCUGCCCUACAGCAAUUACAGGAACAAGCUGACAGAUGAAAAGCUGAUCCAUGUGUCUGGCAUCGCUGAGGUUGAAGAGACAGGGCGGUUCAUUCUGAUCCUAAAAGAUUUCUCUCUGGAGCCUCCCCAGUUAUCAAUUGAGGUGUUUGAAAGGGCUGAGGUGGGCAAGGCCCUGAACAUCUAUAUCACCCUCACCAACACCCUAAUGGUGGCUCUGAAUAACUGCACCAUGGUUCUGGAGGGAAGCGGCCUUAUCAAUGGGCAGAUAACAAAAGACCUUGGGACUCUGAUGACCGGACACACCAUCCAAAUUCAGAUGGAGCUCUACCCCAUCAAAGCUGGGCCCCACCAGCUACAAGUCCUCAUCAGCAGUAGCGAAGUCAAGGAGAUCAAAGGCUACAAGGACGUCUUCAUUGCUGCAGCUCCAGGCUUCUGAGCCCGGUCUUCCCAAUGCGCCCCCCCCCCAAGUCUCCUUCUCAGUUCCCCAUCCCAGUUCCCCUUCCUAUCCCCAGCAUAGCCUGCUUUCUACUUCUCAAGUGUUGUCUUUGUUCAACCUCUAUAGUGGGGGCAAAUGAAACUCUGUAGAACCGCUGUGCAUCAUGGGAAGAAACAAUAAAGAUGCAUUAGCUGUC